AUGUCGUGGAGACCCUCUGAAAAGCUCCUUCAAACCAUCGGUCACUAUGCCAACUUCCCACCCACUGGUGUCAGUCUGCGCCAGAUGGUGCAAUUUGGGGAGAAGCCUUCCGUUGGCACCCUCUUUCGCGCCUCUCAAUUCCUUUCCGAAGAGCUUCCGGUUCGCCUUGCACAUCGUGUAGAGGAACUCGGCAAGCUACCUGACGGUCUCAAUGAGAUGGACUCCAUCCAAAAGGUCAGAGAUUGGUACGCCCAGUCCUUCGAGGAAAUCACAACCCUACCCCGCCCUGAGAUAGACAAAGAGACCAGGGAACGUCUUCUCAAUCCACCCAAGAACAGCUCUACAAGACUCUCCUCCACUACUCGCAACCCGAGUCUAAAGCAUGAGGGCAAUGGCAACGGAAAGAAUGGUGCCAACACACGUCGCUACUUCGCCGCUCUUGACGACGGAAAGGAGUGGCCGCCGAUGUUGGCAGAAUACAAUCGAAAGUUCUCGCGAACCUUAGGAGCAAUCAAACGUCGACAUGAUCCAGUCGUCACCACUGUCGCUCAAGGCAUCAAUGAAUGGAAGAGAAAACAACAGCGUACACAGAUCGACUCUUCUAUUCAAUCGUUCCUCGACCGCUUCUAUAUGUCUCGAAUUGGCAUCCGAAUGCUUAUUGGGCAACACAUUGCUUUGACUGAUCAAACUUCACACAACCAUCCAAACUAUGUCGGCAUAAUAUGCACAAAGACCAAUGUCAAAGAGCUUGCAGAAGAAGCCAUUGAGAAUGCAAGAUUUGUUUGUGAAGACCAUUAUGGCUUGUUUGACGCACCUAAGGUCCAAUUGUUUUGCGACCCCAAUCUCAACUUCAUGUAUGUGCCUGGUCACCUUUCACACAUGCUGUUUGAGACUCUCAAGAACUCUCUUCGAGCUGUUGUUGAGACUCAUGGUGCAGAGAAGGAGGCCUUCCCUGUCACCAAGGUCGUCAUUGCAGAGGGCAAGGAGGAUAUUACCAUUAAGAUCAGUGAUGAAGGUGGCGGCAUUCCUAGAUCUGCUAUUCCACUUGUCUGGACUUACAUGUACACCACUGUCGACACUACACCGGAGUUGGACCCAGGUUUUGACAAGAGUGAUUUCAAAGCUCCUAUGGCCGGAUUUGGAUAUGGACUGCCUAUCUCGCGUCUAUAUGCCAGAUAUUUCGGUGGAGAUCUUAAGCUCAUUUCCAUGGAAGGGUAA